UCAGAACAAUUCCGACGAGAUUUACGAUUGGAAUUUAAUCUAUGAUGAUAUGGGCUUCCAUUUUUAGCCUAUUUUGUUUAUGGCUGAAUGAAGUUAUCCAUAAUGAUGUGAAAAUGACUGGACCGAGAAAACACUGCCGAUCACCUUCUCACUCUUUGCUUUCUGUGCCGAGGACUGACUCUGCUCAGACCCCUUGACGAGUUGCAGAUGAGGGUAUCGACGACGCGGGUGCUCGACUGACACGUCCUGGUGGCGGAGCUGCGCGCCGGUGAAACUCCUAAUUAAGCCGCCCACUGUAGGCCGCGAAGCAUGUCGAACGCUUUGGUAAACGGCUUAGCCGGGGCCGGCGGAGGCAUGAUAGCUCAGAUCAUCACCUAUCCUCUACAGACCGUGAACACUCGUCAACAGACCGAGAGGAUUGCCAAGAAGACGUCGCUGGCCGCGGCCGCGAGCGGAGGCGACCUCUCUUCUUCAGAAGCGGCACCAUCUUCCGCUGGCGGAACCAUCUACCAGAUCCUUCAGCUCUUUAAAAUGGAAGGUUGGGGAGGGCUGUACAGUGGUCUGAAGCCAUCUCUCGUGGGCACCGCCGCGUCUCAGGGAAUAUAUUAUUACUUCUAUCAGGUACUUAAGAAUGAGGCAGAGGCUGCGGCCGCUGCACGCAAGAAGAAAGGGCUUGGUGAUGGUACUGUUGGCAUGUUCUCUUGGCUUGUCGUCGCAGCUAUUGCAGGGUCCUUGAAUGUGCUGCUAACUAAUCCAAUAUGGGUUCUGGUCACUCGUAUGCAGACACAUACACAAGCAGAGAGGAAAAUCAUGGAGGCUAGAAAGGAGGCUAUUUUGAGGGAAUUUGCAGGUACCACCUAUAUGGAGCACGAGCUAGUUAAACUUGAUUUGAUGAAACCUCGUCCAUAUGGAACAUUUCAUGCGGUGAGGGAGGUUUAUCAUGAGGCAGGCAUAAAAGGAUUCUGGAAAGGACUCAUUCCAACCCUUAUCAUGGUAUGCAACCCAUCAAUCCAGUUUAUGAUUUAUGAAACCUCACUAAAGCACCUGCGGUCAAAGCGUACUGGAACUAAGCAUGGGGAUAAAAAUGUUACUGCUUUAGAGGUUUUCUUGCUGGGGGCAUUGGCAAAAUUGGGGGCAACUCUGGCAACAUAUCCUUUAUUAGUUGUAAAGUCUAGGUUACAGGCGAAGCAAGAAAUCGGCAGGAAUGCAAUGUCAAGAUACACAGGGACUGGGGAUGCAAUACUAAAGAUGAUCCGUUACGAAGGACUGCGUGGCUUUUAUAAAGGCAUGGGCACAAAGAUCGUACAGAGUGUUUUUGCUGCUUCCGUUCUUUUCAUGGUGAAAGAAGAAUUCGUCAAGGCUUUUAUUUUUAUUGCUGACGAGAGAAAGAAACACCGUUUGAAAUCUGGGAAGUGAAAAUACAAUUACCGGAAAGAUUUUAUAGUAUCACUACAUUUGAUUGUUCAUAUAUAUCUUUUUUUUUGUUU